AACAGCCUUGGCGCUCCCCGAUGUCACAUCUGUGCCGCGCCACAGAUUUGUAGGGUUAGUGUAAUAGAAUCUCUGGUGCUAAGACUGUUUCUUUUCUUUAUUCUGAUUAAUAAAACUGGCAACGUCUGUCAAUUGUCAACCAACAAGAUUUUGUCGUUUGAAAUUUCGAUUCUGAAAUAUAUCUUUAAAUUAUUAGUAAUGUUUGCUUGUAUUUGAACAUUAUAUUUAAAUAUAUUCGAAACAUGGAGUCUUCUGUUCGAGUAGCAGUAAGAAUCCGUCCGCAGAUAUCAAGUGAAGUUUUUGAUAUGUGCCAUGUUUGCACAUCUGUGACACCAGGGGAGCCACAAGUGUGGUUGGGAAACGAUAAAGCCUUUACUUUUGAUCAUGUCUACAAUAUGACUACUACCCAAGAAAGUGUGUAUCUUACCUGCAUUCAAGACUUGAUUGAAGGGUGUUUCCAAGGAUAUAAUGCCACUAUUCUCGCAUAUGGUCAGACUGGCUCUGGAAAAACCUAUACUAUGGGUACAGGUUUUGAUGUCUCUACCUCUGAAGAUGAAACUGGCGUAAUACCUAGAGCUGUUAAUCAGUUAUUUAGUGGUAUAGCCAAGUUACAAAAUGAUGCUCAAAACAAAAAAAUUACUCCUCCAGAAUUUAAAGUUACAGCACAGUUUAUGGAGCUCUACAAUGAAGAGUUAAUUGAUCUACUUGAUCCAGUUCAAGAUAGAGAAGAUAAAAACAAAAAAUCUGGAGUUAAAAUACAUGAGGAUGCAGAUGGGCAAAUAAUAACUGUUGGUCUGACUUCUCGAGCAGUUUCUACAGCCAGUGAAACUUUACAGUGCCUCAAAAUAGGGGCAUUAUCCCGUACUACUGCCAGCACUAAGAUGAAUGUCCAGUCUUCUAGAUCACAUGCUAUAUUUACCUUGCACAUUAAGCAACAAAGAGUUGUGCAGUUUGAGUCAUCUGAAAAUGAGGAGGCAGGUGAAGAGUUUGAUACCCUUUAUUCGAAGCUUCACUUUGUUGAUCUGGCAGGAUCAGAACGUUUGAAACGUACAGGAGCCACCGGCGAAAGAGCUAGAGAAGGCAUCUCUAUUAAUUGUGGCUUGUUGGCUCUUGGAAACGUAAUAUCAGCUUUGGGUGAUAAAACUAAAAAAGCUACUCACGUGCCUUACAGAGAUUCAAAACUUACCAGGCUAUUACAAGAUUCUUUGGGUGGUAAUAGUCAAACACUGAUGAUUGCUUGCGUGUCCCCGUCAGACAGGGACUUCAUGGAAACUUUAAAUACUUUAAAAUAUGCUAAUCGAGCUAAAAAUAUAAGAAAUAAAAUAUCCAUAAAUCAAGAUAAGAGCAGUCAAACUAUAUCACUGCUAAGAAGAGAAAUUCAACAACUGCAGCUUGAAUUGAUGGACUAUAAACAAGGCAAGAGAAAAAUUGGCGACGAUGGGGAAGAACAGAUCAAUGACAUGUUUCACGAAAAUAUGUUCCUAGAGUCUGAGAACAAUAAUCUCCGGUCUCGAUUAAAGGCUCUCCAAGACACAUUGGACAGGCAAACUCAAAGGGUUACUGAACUCUUGGCUGAAAAAGCUGCUGGUGCAUGGAUAACUUCAGGAGAAAAUAAACAACAGCCUGAUUUAACAGAACUUAUACAAGGUUAUAUGAAGGAAAUUGAAGAACUGAGAGUACAGCUUGUUGCAGCUGAAGAGAUGUGCUCACAGCUUCGUAAGCAAGUCCAACGAAAUCAAUCUCAAAGCAGAAUGAGCAGCUCUCCUAUGUUAAACAGGGACUAUCAUUUUGAAGAAUCUGUUAAAUCACCAUAUGAAAUUCUUAGAGAAGCUAAACAAGAUGUCAAAGCUUUAACUAAACAUGUCCGAGCCCUUGAAAAAGAGGGUAUUGAAGAAAAUGGAAGUAAAGAAGAACUUAAGAAAGACAAUGAAAAUGAAAAAGAAAAGGACAGUGACACUCAGGAUACGAAUUGCAAUGUAAAUGGUGAUCUUAUGAAUGGAGUUAGCUCAGAUGACGAUGAUGAUGAUAGUUCCGAAGAGUCCGACUCAGAUGAGAUGAAUACUAAUGAUACCUGCACUGCUGACUUAGCUCAGAUUACUAACGAUAUCUCAAUAAAGCAGAAAUUAAUUGAAGCUUUAGAACAGAGUCAACAACGUUUACGGAUGAUGAAACACCACUAUGAAGAGAAGCUUUUAACUCUUGAAAACAAAAUUAAGGAAACAGAAUCUGAAAGAGAUCGUGUUCUUGCUAAUUUAAGUGUCAAUAAAAACAAUAAAUCAGAAGAGAAAGUAAAAAAGGCUAAAGAAGAGUUUGCUAAAAAAUUGAGUUCUCUCCAAAGUGAACUUCGUAAAAUGCAGGUCAUUAAAAAAGAACAUGUUCAAGCAAUGAGACAUCAAGCCCAGUCUGAGAGACAAAUUCAACAGCUUAAGAAUGAAGUUACUGAGAUGAAAAAAACAAAAGUGCGUUUGAUUAAUAAAAUGAAAGAGGACACUCACAAGCACCAACAGGUUGAACAAAGGCGAACCACAGAAAUAGCUCAGCUUAAAAAGCAGAGUAGAUUGAAGGAGAAUAAGAUUCGGAGUUUAGAAGCUGAGAAACGGUUGAAAGAAAAUGUUUUGAGACGAAAACAAGAAGAAAUUAUUGCUCUGAAAAAUUCAGCCAAACCCAAAAUGUCUGAUCGUGUUGCAGGGCGUGUGGGUCAAAGGAGAGAGAUCAAUAAUACAUUUAUUAUUCCAAAAAGACUCCGUGAAUCUCCGAAAGUUGCAAAAUCACGUUGGCAAAGCCUUGAGAAAAGCAUCAACCAGCUAGUUAUCAAUCGACAAAGCAUAAAUAAUAUGGAGAGAGAUAUGGAGCGAUAUCUAAAAGAACGGGAACAUUUAAUUCGUAAAUUAGAACAGUUUAAGCAGAAAAGAAGUGAUGCCAUUUUGAAAAAACAGAAACCAGAAAUUAUUCAAGAUUAUGAAGAUCAUAUUGAAACUUUAAAAGCUAAUAUUGAUUACUGUCAAGCAAACAUAACGGAGUGCCAAACAAAUAUUGUUCAAAUGGAGCAAGCCGAAGAUGAUAUAGACCUACAGGAUGUUGAGAACUUUGUUUCGAAACUUGGUGAACAGGAGUCUAAGUAUUUAUUAGCAAAACUUGUGAAUAUGGCAAUCAACCAGACUACUCAAGUGUUCCAAAAAGAAAAUUCCAUCAAAGAGCUUGAAGUUAAAUUAAAUCAAUCUACUAACAGUAAUAAUAUUUACCUUAUGUUUCUGGAGCGUCUUGUUGAAGAUGGAAACACAGAGGUACUGGAUUUUGCCACUUCAAAUUAUCUUGAUGAAGCGCCACGCAGUCAAUCUAGUACACGCUCCUCCUCUCCCGUUGAUAGCAGUGUUUCAGAAGCUCAGCCAGUGUCUGAUUCUUCAAAAACUAAAAAACGUCCCAGGAAGACAGGUCUGCCUUCUGAGUUUAUGAGUUUGAGCUUAGAUCAGCAACAGCUAACAACACCUGCUGGUUCUUGUCCAUCUGUGAAUGAUCCUCCUGAAAAACCAACAUCUUCAAGGUUAGCUUGGUCAUUGCAUGGAGCUCAACUUCAACAAGAAUUAGAUUUGGAUAAAACUCUAACUAGCUCUUCCAAUCACUUGGACCAGCGUGGAAUAGUUAGAGUAACCAGUGCUCCAACCUCUCUUCAAGACAUGAUUUAUAGUAAAAAAAUUGAAAGAUCUCCUUUAUCUAAGAGAAGAAGCAAAGAGAAAUCGCAUAUGGCUGAAUUAUCACCUGCUUUCCACAGAAAAUUUGAUUCAAAUUCUAGCGUAAUACCCUUUCCGUCGUUGUCUCGUCAGAGCUCAACUGAAACUACAGUCUCUGAUAUAAGCCCUCCCGGUUCCCCUUCUUCCAUGAGAAAAGGUCGUGAAGAUAAUGUUUUCAGCCGCUUGACCCAUGGAUCUUUUAGACUGAAUAAACCUGGCAGUGGAGUCAUUUAUCCUUUUACACUGAAAUCAAAUCAGGUCAAAAAUUCACCUCUUAUAUGUUCCCAUACAGCUGAAGGUCACAGUCGACCUGUUUUGUGCCUUCAUGCUACUGAUGAUGUUUUAUUUAGUGGAUCUAAAGAUCGUACUGUUAAAAUAUGGGAUCUAGGCACUGGAAAAGAAAUACAAAGCCUAAGCGGACAUCCAAAUAAUGUAGUUUCUGUUCGAUAUAGUGAAUACACUCGGCUUGGAUUCAGUGUAUCAUCUGCUUUUGUUAAAGUCUGGGAUGUAAGGGAAAAUCCUGCGAAGUGUGUUCAAACAUUAUGUUCCUCUGGUAAUUCUAAUCCUGGACAGCCUUUUUUAAAUACUCCAUCCAGGUCAUUAUUGAUGCCUCAGGGAGAACAUCAGGUGAAUGACAUUGCUCUCAAUAAAUAUGGCACAACACUAUUUUCUGCAGCACACAACACGGUCAAGAUUUGGGAUCUCCGCAUGUUCAAAGCAAUAGGUAAAUUGAAUGGUAGCCAUCAAGCAGCAAUUAUGUGUUUAGCUGUGGACAAUGAAGGGCGUGAUAAAAAUGUUGUAGUGACUGGCUCAAAAGACCAUUACAUUAAGGUGUUUGAAGUGAGUGAAGGAGCUGGUGGAGUGAUUUCAUCUAAAACUAAUCUUAAACCUCCACAUUAUGAUGGGAUACAAACACUUGCUAUUAAUGAUAAUGUUCUGUACUCUGGCUCCAGGGAUAUGUGUAUUAAGAAAUGGAAUCUGAAGAAUGGCAACCAUAUUCAGUCUUUAAACCAAGCUCAUAAGGAUUGGAUUUGUUCCCUGAGUUUUCUCUCUGGCAAUAAUACUCGCUAUCUGUUAAGUGGUUGUAGAGGAGGUUUUUUGAAAAUUUGGACAACCGAUGCCACACAACUAAAAGGAGAAAUGAAAGCACAUAGUGCUCCCAUCAACAAUAUUUCAACCAACAGCAGUUGCACUUUUACUGCCUCCAGUGAUUGUACCAUUGGAAUAUGGAGGUUGAGAAACAACAAUGAUCUCUCACCGGAUAAUAGUAAUGAAUUUCCUGAUGUAUGAAGAAAGACCCGUUCCAAUCAAACAUACCAAAGAUGUUCUUCCGUUUUUGAUUCUUAAAAAAAAAUUAGACGGCUUUGAAAUCUGUGAUUAAUAAGAAUUCAAUAGUUCAGUGAACUUUAUUUAAAUUUGAGUAUUUCAAAAAUGCAUUUAUAUCAAAUAUUAAUAUAUGGCUUAUUAGGCCUAGGCUAUUUUGAAUUAUCUUAAGUAUCCGGUGAUUGGUUGAUAUGUAAUCCAUCAAUAUUCAUGCACUCAACAGUAUUCUGAUUUUGAUAUGUUAUUGAGUUAGUAAUUUUUAUUGUUAGUAAUGCCAGAUCACUGUGUGUUUUUAACUCCUUUUAUCAAUUUGUGUUUUAUACACAAUUUUAUCCAUAUGUAUAUUUCGGUAAUUUUAGUUUAGACAAUUAUUGCUUGCUUUUUGUUCAGCAUUUUGGUGGUUUUUAAUAUUUAUUUGUAAAUACUUUAAAAUGCAUUUCAUUGACAGGUAUUUUCAUUGAAAUAUGUAAGCGUAUAAUAUCUGACUCAGCCAAUUCAACCUUAAUGUACUAGUAAUGUAUAAAUUUAGAAGAUAUUUUUUGUCAUAAAAUUUCAUCUCAAUUUCAUGCAACAAGUUGUAGAUUUGUUUCACAUAUUUCUGUUACGCAGAAUUCAGCAUUGCAUAUUUAUCACCAUAUUAAAAGCUUUAUUACGAGGCCUAUAUAAAAAUCUCUAAAAUCAAAUUUCUGUCUCAAACGUCCUAGUAAGUAAUUUUGCAUUUACUUGUUAAAUUACAUCAUCACCUGUUAAAUGCAAAGGUUUUUAAAAUUAUUUGUACAUUAUUUAAUGUUGUUUAAACUUAGAAUUUUUUGAAAGAUAUGUUUCUCUCCUAGUACCUUACAUAAGGAUACAUAAAUAGUCUACUUUGAAUUUAAAGUUAUAUGCCCAGUAUAAAUUCAUUUCAUUCUUAAUUUACAAUUUCUUAAAAUUAUCCAAAUUAGUAACUUUAUUUUAUACUAACAUUAAUACCAAAUAAGCUUUGGACUAUAAUAAAUAAAUUUUUUUACCAAGUUAAAUUUAUUUUCUGCCCUUCACAUUUUUUAUGUAUAAAUUGGUCUUGCAUUUAUAAAAAAAAAAGCAGGAGUAUUUAAAUUGUAAAAUUUUCAAAUAAGUUCAUAAAAAAAAUAAUAAAAUGUGUUAGACAAUUAUAUCACACUAAAUAUUCAUCUUGUAAUGUAUCAUAGCUUUUCUAUCAUUCUCACAAUGCAUAUGUAAUGAGUUAAAAUGAAAUCCAGAAAAUAGAUUGAAUAUAGAGUGAAGUUGAUGAUAUUAAAAAUAUUUGCAAAUAAUGCAUAAAUUUUCUGUAAAAUGCUUAAAAAUGUUAGAUGAAAAAAUAUGCUUGAGACUUUAUUGAAAUCUUAAAUUGAAUAAUAUGUAAUUAUAUUAUUUAAGAAAAUUUCAUAUUGUUCCUUAAAAUAUUUUUACUUUGAUAUUACCUAUGUUGUCUAUGUGCAACAACUUGUUUCUUAAAGUCUUGCUACACAGUUUAUGUGUUGAAUUAAACAUAAAAAAAAUUGCCUUAAAAGUAAUGUCAAAAAAGCAAAUAUCAUCAACAUUCAAACUCUAAUAAUGAACGUUCUCAAAACUUAUGGUUUUUGUUCUCACUUCAAGAUAAAAGUAUAGACAAAAAGCUCUUGUUAGUUUUUUUGUUGUAGAAAAUAGUAGUUUUUUAUUAGUGUAAAAAUUUUUUUGCAUUUCUUUAUAAUUAAUUUAUUUUCAAAUAAAAAAUACUUCUGUUUUUACAAAAAUCAAUGAGCUUAUUGCAAAUUUGCUAGCCUUUUUUUUAAUUAGAUAUCAAUUCUAGGUCACUCCAAACACAACCAAAAUAUUGUCUGAGUUUUGAAAUUGCAUUUCUCUCCCCCCCCCCUUAUUUCUUACUCGUGGAUAUACAUUUUUAUUUUCCAACUGUUAACCAGUGGAUGAUUGUUCAGUGUUAUUUUUUUUAUAGUGUGCCUCAAUGAUUUUCCUGGUUUUACGAAUUGACUGUGAUAUUUUUGUAUAUUCUUUUUCUUUGUUCUAAUGCUAUUGUCCAUUCCAUAAUAAAAAGUCAAUAUUUUGUUGCAUUUCUUGAAAAAUAUAUGUAAAAAUAAAAGUUGCCCUUUUUCUACUGGAUGAGUUGCAAAUAACUUCAAUUUAAUUUGUUUGGUGCAAUAUUCAUAUUAGGUUUUUUUUCUUCUUUUUUUUCUUUCUAAAAAAUAUAUGUUUUAGGGAUAAAAAUUAAGAAAAUUUAGUCAUAGUCUUGAAAGACCAGCAACUAAAGCAUUUUACUAGUCCAUGCACAUUUUUAGUGGUCCAUUCAUAGACUAAUAGACUUUUUAUAAAAGGUUAAAAAUAUAAUAAUCAUUUAAAUGAAAUAUGUGUAGUAUUUAAAAUUAUGAUAAAAUGCAGAGCAACUAUUUUAUGACAAACUAAAAAUGAAAAAUUGGCACACGCUUUACAGUUGAAUGGUUACUAGUCUGAGAGACCUCUGAAUAUUAUUUUAUAGUAGUCUGAGUCAGAUUUUCAUAGUCUCUGUUAAAUGGAUCACUGUUGAUUUCGAACUCUAUUUCUAACGCAAUAUUUGACAAAAGUGAUAAAAUAGUUGCAAAAGAAAGAAGGAAAAACUAUUACUUAAUCCAUCACUAUCUAUUAAAAUCUUAUUCCUUCAUUUCUAGAAUCCUUUCAAUAUUUUUGUUCCUCUUUCAGUUUAUGCUCUGCAAAAUUAUUAAUACAUUUAAAGCAAUUUUUUUAUGAAUUGAAGGUAUUUGUAACAAAAUCCAUUUCGAAAUCUAUAAAUAUGCUUGCUUAUCACUAUUCCAGCAUCUUUUAGUACAGAUUAGUCUACUUUAGCUACUUUCAUUUUUUCCCAUGCAAACGACUCUACUUUCAUUUUCUUUUUAUUUAGUUACAGAUGUUGCUUUUAUUUGGUCUAUUUAGGCUACUUGACUUCAGUUGCUUUUAUUUUACUUUAAUGCUGAUACAGCAAAAUACUGUAAAUUUAUUAAAUGCAUCCAUGAAUUAAAUUGCUCUAUUUAGUUUUAAUUAUUGUUGAUAAAAUAAUACCUUUGAUUGAAGUUAUGUAGUUUUUUCUUAUCAAUUUUAUUGUAAAAUUAUUAACUAUAAGGUGUGCAUUUUAUAUUUUUUGUUUUAUUCCAUUUUUACUUCAAAUUACUCCUUAACUAGAUCUGUUCUGUAAGAAAGCAAUUUUGGUUAAAAAUACUCAUAAAAUGUGUUCUUUGAAUUCCUACUGUAUAUAUACUAGUUAUAUUUAAAAGAUUUUGUAACGUUGGUUGUAUUUUAAUGUUAGAUGAGAGUCUUGUGGAAUGCCAGUAUCAAGUAUGAUGUUAUUCGAAUGUUAAGUAAUUGAGCUGUGUUUGUGACAAUCUGGUAUGUUUUAUAACUCAUUCCAUUUCUGUGUAAAUAUAUUCCUAUAGGGGCUGUAGAUAAAUAAAUUUCUUUUCCAUUUUA